GGAGUGUGUAUAAUAUAUAUACGGAGUGUAUAAUAUAAAACACAACCCAAAACUUGAAAGAAAAGGAAAAGCAAAAACAAACUUCUCUCUGUUAAUGGCCAAUCACCCAUCUCCUCUAUUCUUCAUUGUUCUCCAUUCUUGUUCAUUCUUUACUCAGAAGUUGUUGUAAGGCUUGGUUAGAGACGCAGAGGUGAUGUCGUUUGACGGAGCUGAAAGGCCAUGGAAAUGUGGAAAAGGUCACGGUACUGUCAAUUUACACAAAGUCAGUUCCAUUGUUCGUGACAUUGGAGAACCUUGUCUUCAUCAAUCAUCAAUAAAGAUGAGCAAAAUGCUUAGGCCUGACAGGUGGCAGGCUAUCUUUGAUAAGGAUGGGAAGAUACAUGGUUUUAGGAAAGCGCUGAAAUUGAUCAUAUUGGGGGGUGUGGAUCCAGCCAUAAGGCCAGAAGUUUGGGAAUUUCUGUUGGGCUGUUAUGCUUUGGGCAGCUCUGCGGAGUACCGAAAGCAGCUGAGGUCGGCUAGAAGGGAACGUUACAGAGACCUCAUAAAGCAGUGCCAAGCAAUGCAUUCCAGUAUAGGAACUGGUUCCCUUGCCUAUGUUGUUGGGUCCAAGGUCAUGGACAUGAGAACAAGUUCCAAAGAUGACUGCCGAAGAGAAGCUGAUUUCAAGAGCAGUCAAGCUUCUGAUGUUAAUACUGACAAUUUAUACAGUUACAGUGAUUUUGAUAAUAAUUGUAUAGACACAUCACAUGCACAUCAAAGGGAAAGCUCUAGUGAUUCUGGUGACCUUAUAAGUGCUAGGGGAAGCACAGAUGAGGCAGCAUUGGACUCUUUUUCUUCUGUGCCUACUUUGGGUCCAUACGACCUCAGAUCCACCGAACUUGGGGGUGAGGCAUGUCAAUCAGAAUCUGUAAACGAGAAUUGUUUUGAUUUUCCUGCUUUACCUGUUACAGACUUAUUUGGAAAGAGUAACAAAAAUAAGAAAGGUCAUAGGUCAUAUGGUAAGAGAAUUCUAGCGAGGCGUAAAUUGAAAUAUGGAGAUGAUAAGAUGCACAGUUUCAGAAUAAAUAAUAAUGCAGAUCUAGUCGAAGAAGCAAAUGUUUCCUCAUCAUAUGGCGUAUCUCAUUCCCUGAACUCUGAAAUUGAGAGGGUUCAUCCUACUGGGCCGGAUUCAAUGUCAUGGUCUGGAAAAUUCCAGGAACGUGAAACAGAGAUGUUUAGCGGACUCAGAAUAUCUGACGCACCAGACACUCCAAAUAUGAAUGCGAGAACACCUCCAAGAGGUGGUUUCAGUGAUGAAAGAGUGUCGGAAUGGCUCUGGACAUUACAUCAGAUAGUUGUUGAUGUCGUCAGAACAGAUAGCCAUCUUGAAUUCUAUGAGGAUAGAAAAAAUUUGGCUAGAAUGUCAGAUAUCCUGGCUGUUUAUGCGUGGGUUGAUCCGGCAACGGGAUAUUGCCAAGGAAUGAGUGAUCUCUUGUCUCCUUUUGUUGUUCUGUUUGAGGAUAAUGCUGAUGCGUUCUGGUGCUUUGAGAUGCUUCUACGGAGAAUGCGUGAGAACUUUCAGAUGGAAGGGCCAACUGGUGUCAUGAAGCAGUUGCAAGCUCUAUGGCAUAUUGUGGAACUUACAGAUAGAGAAAUGUUUUCUCAUUUGUCAAGCAUAGGUGCUGAAAGCCUUCAUUUCGCCUUCCGGAUGCUGUUGGUGCUCUUCCGCCGAGAAUUAUCUUUUAAUGAGGUUCUUUGUAUGUGGGAGAUGAUGUGGGCUGCAGAUUUUGAUGAAUCAAUUGCUUUUCAUCUAGAGGAAAACUGCCCUGAAAUAUUGGUCAUUCAGAUUCCAAAGGAGUCUGAGGCAGAAUCAGGAGAAGAAAUUGUUGAGAAUAACAAUAGCGAUUCAAAGGAUGACUCGCCUUCUAAACAUGGACGUGGAGAGCGUACCGUCUCAGAAAACAACGGGAUGAAGCUUUCCUUAGCUCAUCCAUUUUGUGGCCUGACUAGGAAUUUCUGGUCCAAAAAUAAUGGCAUGCACAGUUUUAAUAUGGUCUUAUCAACAAGGAGUACUGUUGAUGAAUUACCAGUUUUUUGUGUAGCAGCUAUUCUUGUCAUGAACCACCAGAAGAUCAUUAAACAAACUCGCUCAAUUGAUGAUCUGAUAAAGACACCACCUCAUUUUUACCUUGGUGCUAUCUGAUGUGGAAGUUGAUUUUGAAUUAUUUUGUGGCACCUCCCUCUCUGUCUCUGAUCUCUCUCCCUCUCUCUAUAUUCAACGACAAUAUGUUAAAGAUUCGGGUCAAGAGGUGUGUACGGACUGCCAUCAAACUGCGGAGGAAGUACUUAUACAAGCUGAUUAAAGGCCAAAAUGGUGACUGAGUGUUUGGUCUCUUCCAUUUGCUUGGAUGGCAAGGCAGAUCUCUCACAUGGAGUUGUUAAUUGCAAUAUAAGUUGGAGUUCAGAACAAUUAUCAGAUAUAGUUUAUUUGGAGUUUAUACAGCAAAGUGGUUGGCAUUUGAGUAUACGUCCAUGCACUACUGUCACCCAAGGACUGUUAAGUUGCAUGUUUCCUUUACCUUGGUUGGUGAAUACAAUCAACUGGUUAGGGAACACGAAAAUUUUGCUGUCAUAUAGUUAGUGGGUCAGGAUUAUGUAUCAACAGUUUUGAUAAACUUGUCAGCAUUGAGAUUUCUCAGGGGAAAGCUUAAGAGUUGAUGAGAAUUAGGAGAUAAUAUUCCAAGAGAAGAUUUCAUAUCUUUGUAACUGACUUGUGUCUUCAAUCAUUACAAUAUGAUCCAUGAUUGAAUCAACAAAAAAGGAUCUCUUCUUAUGUUUUGUUAAUAGAAACAGUAAAAAGUAUAUUAUUUAUCCGGGCCUAUUGUAAUUGCUCUGAACAAUAACACCUAAAUGUGUUGUCCCGUGUUUUACAUUGGGAUUAUUUGUGCUCGUUGACAUGCAAUUUUGGCAUAGUUGAUAGACCUCCCAUCUCGUUCAAUGCAAAGGGAAUGAUGCUCUUCAGAGGUGGCGUAUAGAUUAACUAAUUGGUGUCAUCUCUUCUCCACAAAGUAGCUGCUGAUCAACUACAAGAACAGAUUCAAGAGAGAACUUUGUUGGUGAAUUAGUAUUCUUAUCCUUGUUUUGAUGUGUGAAAUUUAGACAGUUUGGCCUUUUCUUGUUUUAGAUUAGAUGAGACUUCUCAGAGAGAUUUGUUCAUGCGGGUCUGGCCGGUGUUGUUGAAAAUGUUGGACAAGAGUUCGCAAUGUGCUCUGCCCAUUGCAAAGAUGAUCAAUUUUUGGUAUUAUACACAGAAAAAUGAAAAACGUCAACUUUGGUGGUUCA